AUGAGCUUUAGUCAAAAAGUAGUGUUUAUUACUGGAGCCAGUUCUGGUAUUGGUGCAGCGAUAGCUAUAGAAUUCGCUAAAGAAGGCGCUAAUGUCAUUAUAGUCGGCAGAAAUGAGGUAAAAAUGAAAAAUAUCUCCGAAAAAUGUGAAACGUAUGGGAAAAAACCAUUAGUAAUCAAAGCAGACAUAUCCAAGAAUAAAGAAGUUAUAGCGGCUGUUAAGAAAACGAUUGAAACGUUUGGAAAACUGGAUGUGUUAGUUAACAAUGCGGGAAUCUUAAAGUGUAUUAAUAUUCUAGAUAAAGGAGUAUUAGAGUGUUAUGAUGAAUUAAUGGGAACAAACCUUCGCGCGGUUGUUCAUCUCACUACUUUAGCAGCACCAUACCUAAUCAAAACGAAGGGAAAUAUUGUGAACAUCUCUAGUGUUUCUGGAUCUUGUAUAACACACACAUCAUUUGGUUUAUAUAGUGUGACUAAAGCGGGACUGAAUCAUUUUACUCGUGCAGCUGCUUUGGAACUGGCUCCAUAUGGGGUUAGAGUAAAUGCGAUAAGUCCUGGACCUGUAGAUACAGAUAUAUUAGAGAACACUGGCCCAUCAAUUUAUUUAGAUGACAUUAAAAUAAAUACGCCACUUGGAAGAUCGUCCAAAAGUGUUGAGAUUGCAGAUUUAGUUCUAUUUUUAUCAAGUGAAAAGGCUAAAGCCUGUACUGGUUGUAACUAUGUAAGUGAUAACGGUUUUCUUUUAACAAAAUAA